UGAGCGCUUGGUCCCGUCCCUGUCUGCAGCGGCAUGAGCAGCGCCCCCGCGCAGGGCCCAGCGCCCGCCAGCCUCACGCUUUGGGAUGAGGAGGACUUCCAGGGCCGCCGCAGCCGGCUGCUGAGCGACUGCACCAACAUCGGCGAGCGCGUAGGCCUGCGCCGGGUGCGCUCGGUCAAGGUGGAAAAUGGCGCUUGGGUGGCCUUCGAGUACCCCGACUUCCAGGGACAGCAGUUCAUUCUGGAGAAAGGUGACUACCCUCGCUGGAGUGCCUGGAGCGGCAGUGGCGGCCACCACAGCGACCAGCUGCUGUCCUUCCGGCCAGUGCUCUGCGCGAACCACAGUGACAGCCGUGUGACACUUUUUGAGGGGGAAAACUUCCAGGGCUGCAAGUUUGAACUCAAUGAUGACUACCCAUCCCUGCCUUCCAUGGGCUGGGCCAGCAAGGAUGUGGGUUCCCUCAAAGUCAGCUCUGGAGCGUGGGUGGCCUACCAGUACCCAGGCUACCGGGGCUACCAGUAUGUAUUGGAGCAGGACCGCCACAGCGGGGAGUUCCGUAACUACAGUGAAUUCGGCACGCAGGCCCACACUGGGCAGCUGCAGUCCAUUCGGAGAGUCCAGCACUAGGCUCCACAGCCCCGGCGCCUCCCAUGAGGACCCUCAAUAAAGGCUCCUGAACCUGCCUGCCCC